UCAUUACCACAGGCGAUUGCCUACAACUUUGACUAUGAUCAUUACCACAGCUUCGUUCAUGGAAGACUACCUUAUGACAACCUGAAGCCUGAUCCUGUUCUGAGACAACUCUUGCUCAGCCUCCCAAUUCGCAAACUCGUUUUCACAAACGCUGAUAAAGCUCACGCACUAAAAGGGCAGAAGAAACUGGGACUCGAAGACUACUUCGAGGGAAUAAUCUGCUUCGAGAUGCUGAAUCCGCCGACGUCGUCUUGCUCAAUCCAAAAGUCAACCGAAAUUUUCGACAUCGUCGGGCACUUCUCCCGGGUGGACGUUGCUGCCGUCGACGCGCUGCCCCCGACGCCGGUGCUCUGCAAGCCGUCGCCGGAAGCCAUGGCGAUUACCGGAAACCUCUUGCUUGAAUUGCAAGUGUUAUGGAAGAAUUUAUGGAAAAAUAAAUGAGCACAACAAUUAUUUUUCCAUGUAAGCAAUUAAUGACUGCUUAUUACCGGUUAAAAAUUUUAAUGUUAGAAAAAGGAUUAAAAUUGAAAAAAAAUACUAAGUUAUGGGACUAUAAGUGUAACUUAACUUUUAACAUGAUGAAAAUUGGAAAAAAAAAAUAAGUUACAAGACCAAAAUUAUAAUUUUCUCAAAAAGGAGCUAAAAUUU